AUGGCACGGGUGCCCUUCAUCGGUAGGCUGUUUUGGAGGGAGUACCUGGCCCUGUUUGGAUCUCUGAUACUUGUUGCCCUCGAGGUCCUCGUUCGCAUCAUUACCCUGGGGCUUCCUCAACCCAUCAUUCGAUUCUGCUACAACACUUCCAAGAACCUGUUCAACCGACUGUCUUCACAAAAGUCUCGACACGCCCGCUCCCAACGAAAGCACACGUACAGUUCUAUCGCAACCUGCUCUGACUUCACGGAACUCUGCGCCUUCUUUGGAUACUAUGCCGAGGAACAUGUUGUUCAGACGGGAGAUGGAUACUUGCUGGGUGUCCACAGGCUCCCCUUUCGCAAAGGAGAGGAGCAUACAGGGAUACAGGUCAAUGCAGGGGCCGACUCAAUCAGGAAACCCGUGGUCUACCUUCAUCAUGGCUUGCUCAUGAACAGUGAGGUUUGGGUUUGCCUCACAGAAGAGGAACGAUGUCUUCCAUUUACGUUGGUACAACAAGGCUACGAUGUUUGGCUGGGCAAUAAUCGGGGCAACAAAUACAGCAAGAAAUCCACGAGACAUUCGCCUGCGUCCACAGGGUUUUGGAACUUCUCGAUGGAUGAGUUUGCCUUCCACGACAUUCCCAAUACAAUCGACUAUAUUCUCAACACGACUUCACAACCUUCGCUCUCCUAUAUCGGCUUCAGUCAAGGCACCGCCCAAGCAUUUGCUACACUCUCUAUACAUCCCCAAUUGAACGAGAAGGUCAACCUCUUCAUCGCCCUGGCCCCCGCCAUGUCCCCUGCCGGUCUCAGCAACGGCAUCGUGGAUGCACUGGUCAAGACCAACCCUCACCUUUUGUUCCUCGCGUUUGGCCGCAAGUCGAUCCUCUCUUCAGCCACCAUGUGGCAAUCCAUCCUCUAUCCGCCCAUUUUCGUCCGCCUCAUCGACAUGUCUCUCUCCUUCCUUUUCGCUUGGUACGGUCGCAAUAUAAGCGUGCAGCAGAAACUUGCUGCGUAUCCUCACCUCUACAGUUUCACAAGCACAAAAUCCGUUGUGCAUUGGUUCCAAAUUAUCCGUAAUAAAUCGUUCCAGAUGUACGAUGACGACAGCGCCCACAGAUUCAGCAUAGGCGCCAGCAAUCGAUAUUACAAAGUCGCCAAAUUCCCGACGAGAAAUAUCAAAACGCCCAUUGUUUUGGUUUAUGGGGGGAGUGACUCGUUGAUCGAUAUCCGUGUUAUGCUUAGGGAGUUGCCCCGACACACCAUCGCGACCGAAAUCCCUCACUUCGAACACCUCGAUUUCCUCUGGGCACAGGAAGUGCACACAUUGGUCUUCCCGCAUGUGCUAGAAGCGCUCCGCUACUAUGCCCAAGACGGCACAACCAAUGGCGUUCCGAAGGCACUUGCGCUCUCCAUGACCGACACCGCACAACUUCACCGCCGGGAGAAUAGUAACAGCAGCGCCAUGAACUGGUCCGAAGAUGAUUCUGCUGGCGGAUAUUCGGACUUUGACGGCGCGAUCGAUUCACCUCGCACGCCGAGAGUCAAGAGUCAUGCUCAGCUGCAGAGAGAAAAACAAUACUUGCACCCGUCGCUAGGCCCAAAUCAUUCGCCUUCUCAUUCGCCCUUGCAGUAUCAGUAUCAGUAUGCCUCGCCUAUGCCGAACAGACCUGUGCACGGAAGCUCGAUGUCGUGGAUGGAAAACUACUACAAAUUCCCCAAGAGGGAAGCACAGGCGAUGACCGAGGGUGUAGGGACGAGUAGUGGUCUUAGAAAUCAUACUGAAGCAGAAGCAGAUGCAGAUCCGCAGGGAGAACAGCAAGAGAGCGAAAGCCAGCAAGGCCCGGAAGACCAGCACCAAGUGCAUGAUCAAAGUCCUAUGGGCACGUCACAGCGGGGACGAGACGACGCUUCCCGAGACUCGGAUUUUGGAGCAGCCCUUUCAACUUCCCGGGCACUGCCUCAUGAGGGUGGCGACUCAACCAGCCCUGUUUCAACAAUCCGCAAUCGAGGUGGCGCGUUCAAUGGCCCUCCUGUGACUCCAGCGCAACAAGGUCCCGAACCCGUUGCCACCGGCGACGAAGACAACGCGCCAGGAAACGCAAGCGCAAGCACAAGUGGCAGCGGCAACGGGAACGAAAACCGACGACGUUCGACUUCGGUCGCUGGAAGUGUGUCGAACGCGAGCGGGCGCACGACACCCGUGAGUCGAGGCACGCCGCCGAGUUUCACGGCCAAGGGCAUCCGUGUGGGCAGUUCGAGACCGAGCGUUGGAGCGGCUAUUCCUUGA